AGAUGGAACAUGUGCUAAGCAUGUCCUCGUAUUCAUGGCUAGAGGAUUAUGUUCGAACUGGAAGCAGGUGAUUGGAUUUCAAUUUGUCGGCACAACAGUAAGAUCGAAAAGUUUGCAGCGACACAUACUGCUGUCAGUUAAAAAAUUGGAAGCAUUGGGAUUGAAGGUGAGAGCAGUUGUGUGUGAUCAGGGACCAACGAAUCGUGCAGCACUAUCAUGCCUUGGCAUGACAAAGAAUAACCCUUCCAUAGAGCUAAGUGGAAGGAAUUAUCUGGUGAUAUUCGACAUCCCACACCUUUUCAAGAGUCUCCGGAACAACUUCCGGAAAAAUCUCUUUGUUAAGGUCAAUGGAAGAGUAGAGGCCAGCUGGCAAGACGUUGUAGAGUUCUACAACUUAGACAAGAGCCAGAGCCUGCGUCUUGCACCAAAGCUGACGGAUGUGCACCUCAACCCUGGCCUGUUCAAGAAACAGAAUGUGAGGAUGGCCGUUCAGGUCUUGUCUCACACAGUGGCUGCAGGUCUUCAUACAUAUGCAUCUGUAGGCCUACUGGCAGCUACAGCCAUGCAAACAAGUGCAUUUCUUGAAAGAGUAGACAAACUCUUCGAUAUAUUGAAUUCCAGAACAUUGCAUGUGAAUCGGAAAAGUUCCAAACCCCUCUCUUCUGUAACUUCAGAGGAGUUUAAGUUUCUUGAGGAAUCCAUUUCCUGGACCAAGUCUUGGAGUUUUGGAAAGGUACUGCCAUUCCAAUGGGGCCUGGUCAACUCUAUUCGUGCAGUUGUCAGACUAACCAGGGAGCUGCUGGAUGAGGGUUUUACGAUGGUUUUUACCAGUCGAUUCAACCAGGACUGCAUUGAGGCACGUAAUUUCCCAUUAAUGGCGACAUCCAAUUCGAAAUGGCUGCAUGAACUUUGAUACAUAUUUUUCAAUAGAAAUGUUUGGCUGUUAUCAAUAAACGGAAAUGUAAAUUAACUGUAGUGAGCUUAAUAAUACAAAAUAAAUUUUAUGAGAACUUUAUUUCAUUUUUAAAUGCACAUUUUUUCAGAAUCUCUUUUCAACUGUAAGGGCGAAGAGUGGCCAUUCCUUCAACCCAACGGCUGAACAGGUUAGCAGUGCGUUAAAGAACAUCAUAGUACUGUCUAACAUGGAGCCUCUAUCAAUCAUGAAGAACUGCCAAUCAGACGGGGCCGACUCGUUAUUAAC